UCCUUAUAGAAUAACCUUGAUUGUGCGUAUAGUACGUUGCGCGGAAGUUAAAUGUGGGUUGAGAUAGCCAGUAGUCAUCGGUGUAAAUCUACAGCGCAGUGGCAGCGCACUGCUUGGCGCUUUACCUCACGUCGUUGUUGUCCCCUCCACCUUCAACUGUCUCCCUUCCUCUGCGCCUUCUGCGGUGUCAAGGCAGCGGGAGAAGGGGGGGUAUGAGUAUGAGAUAUACGCUUCUCGUCGAAGUCUGGCACCUGUCAUUUGGGUAGAGAAGUGCAUGGGGUGAUUUUACAAUGUUACGUCAGGGAAAGUAAGAAACCAAACGCGCAGUGCACGGAGCUCAGUAGAAGUCUGAACGAAACAAUAACAUGUCAAGAUCUUUGCGUAACCUGUAUUGUGUUUUGGGAAAACAAGCGCGUGAUAUUGGUUUUAGAUGUGUGUGCUCUCCGAACUUAAACAGCGGCAGCUUUCGUAGACAUUAUAUUAACACUUUCCUGAACUGUGAAACCAACCGCCGAGCAUGUGUUCAAGCAAAAAGAUCAAAGUCAAGCUUAAAGCCGACUACUGAUAUUUCAUUUGCUGCACGAUCGACAGCUUCAAAUGAGAGCGAGAGGGACCAGUUUUUGGCUGUUUUUCCUCACAUUGUUAAAGACUUAACAGAUGCUGGGUUUGGUUCUGAGAUAUCAGAAGCAAAGGAACGGUUUGCAAAGGUCCUUCAUUAUAAUGUCCCUGGUGGUAAGAUGUCACGAGGGUUAGCAGUUGUGCAAGCUUAUCGUAUGCUUACUAAAGACAGUCUGCAUAGUGCAGAAAAUGUAUUCUUGGCCCAGGUUAUGGGAUGGUGUGUGGAAAUGUUGCAAGCAUUUUUCAUUGUUCUUGAUGAUAUCAUGGACAAAUCAGCUACAAGGCGUGGAAGAACUUGCUGGUACCUCCAUGACGACGUUGGCUUAUCGGCAGUUAAUGAUGGCUUACUGCUAGAGAGUGGAAUUUAUGAGUUACUUCGAAGAUAUUUUCAGGACAAAUCGUACUAUAUUGAAAUCCUCAAUCUCUUUCACGAUGUUACCUUCAAAACAACAGUAGGACAGUCUCUUGAUCUCUUGACUUCACAAGCAGGAAAGAAUCCAGAUUAUACCAAAUUCACAAUGGAUCAGUACAAUGCAGUUGUAAAAUACAAGACAGCAUAUUAUUCGUUCUAUUUACCUGUUGCACUAGCAAUGUACAUGGCUGGAUUAAAGAAACCUGAAGCACACAAUCAGGCUAAAGCAGUACUACUAGAAAUGGGGCACUUCUUCCAGGUCCAGGAUGACUAUUUGGAUUGUUUUGGUGAUUCUGAUGUUACUGGAAAGGUUGGAAGUGAUAUUGCCACAGGAAAAUGCUCAUGGCUGGCUGUGACAGCUCUGCAACGAGCAAACCAUCAACAGCAAAUAGUGUUUAAGGAAUGUUAUGCUACAGAUGACGAAGAAAAAAUUGCUGUGAUAAAAGAGCUUUAUGACCAGCUAAAGCUUAAGUCUGUCUUUGCUGAGUAUGAAGAACAAACAUAUAAUUUCAUUCAUAGAAAUAUUCAGCAGCUUUCACAUGGGUUGCCACAUCAUUUGUUCAUAAGUUUUCUGAAAAAGAUCUACAGACGCGGAAGUUAACUGUAUUAGACGGAAAGAUUAUUUUUUUUACGUAUAAAUACAGCUUAUUUCGUGCUUGUUCCUUUGUGUCUAAAGAUGUUAUCAUUUGAGUGUUUUUAUCAGCUUGUUACUGACAUGAUGUACAAGUGAAAUAAAGAAUCUAU